CUAUCAUGGAGCUUAGUCAAGAGAAGGAGUACCUCCAGUCUCAGGCAGACGGGCGUGUCCUCUCCCCUUCCCCCUCCCUGACGAGCCCCGGAACGGACAAACGUCAUGUGACUGUUGAGCUAGCCGAGUCCAAAGCCAAGCUGAGGAGAAUGAGGCAGGACCUGGAGGAGAAGAAUGAGAUGGUUCUGGAGUACAAGGAGGAGGUGGAGAAGUAUAAUACCACCAUGCAGAAGUUACGGCAAGAGAAUCUCGAGUUGACGCAAGAUGCGCGUUCAGCGAGAGCGUACAGGGAUGAGCUCGACGUGUGGAAGGAGAAGGCCAGCAAAGCAGAGAAGUACGAGAACGAGAUCGCCAAGUACAGGGAGAAGCUCAAUGAGCUAGAGUAUCUCAAGAAAAGAGUCGAGGAAUUAAAAGAAGACAACACGGUUCUUUUGGAAACCAAGUCCCUACUGGAGGAGCAGGUCACCACCGCUAACGACAAGCUGGAACGGGGCCACCUGGCCGAGGCAGAGUGUCUAAGGUUAAAGGCUCAGAUGGAGACGCUAGAGGAGGAGAGAGAUAUGGACAGGGGUAGGAUAGCAGAGCUAGCGGAGGAGGUGGCUAGGCUGAGUUUAGACCAUAAACAGAGUCUCAAUGAGUCGGCCAGUCUGGGUGUGGAGCUGGAAAAGGCAAAGCUAAACUCUUCAGCUGCUGCAUCCUUGUCAGCAGAGUGCAAUGAUAGUGCUUCAAGUAAAGUGCUCAAAUUAGAAAAAGAAUGUCAAAGACUCCAUCGCGAGAUGGAAACAAUGCGAGAAUCUGCCGGGUUAGAAGCGCAGACUCGGCUCCUCGAGGUCGAGAAGGAAAAUCAAAGACUCAGCCGGAAGCUUGAAAAAGUGCAAGAGGCCAGCUCCAAGGAGAUGUCUGGUCAUCUUGAGAUUGAACAGGAGAACAGUGUCCUGAAGCGAGAAAAGAAGGCUCUGGAUGACACCAUCUUGACCAUCAAGGAGAAUUCUGAGAGGUAUCAGAAAGAAUGGGAUACGGAGAAAGAGCAGUUGGAAAGGACGAUAGAAACCCUGCGGGAAAGAAAUAAAAAGGAUGUCGACCAGAGGAUACAGGAUGUUGAAAAGGAGAACAGGAAGUUGUUGGAGGACAUGAUGGAUAAUCAGAGUAAACUGUCCAAAGCGGAACACGAGACAAAGCAAUUGCAGAAAUCGUUGGAGAGAUUGAAAGAGAGGACAGACAGGAUUGAGGACUUGGAAAAGAGCAAUGAGGCUCUGGAACUGGAGAAGGAAAAACUAUCGAGGAAUGUUGAAAUGCUCAAGUUGAUGUGUGAAAAGUUUGACGAGGUGGAGAAGAACAACACGGAGCUGGAGGUGGAGAUCAGCAAGGUGACGCGGGCGCUGGAGUCGGCCAAGGUCCGCAUCCAACGUCUGGAGCACCUGGAGAAUGAGAACGUGAGGUUGAAAGCGGACACCCAGACCCUGCAGAGGUCGCUGGAUGCCAUGAAGGGCAUGGCAACGCGGAUCACGGAGAUGGAGCACGAUAAGGAGGAGUGCGAGAGGGAGAACAGACAGCUCCAGAACAUGGUGGAGGGGAUCAAGACGGUGCAGGACAAGGCGGGACAGCUGGAGGUGGAUAAUAUGAAGCUAGGUAAUGAGAAGAGGAGGGUGGAGAAGGUGGUGGAGCUCAACAAGGAUACCAUACACAAGCUGGAGAGGGAGAAUGAGAACCUGGAGGCAGAGGUGGAGAGGUUGAAGAAACAAAUUGAAGCUCUCAGUCUGAGUGAGAAGCGAUUGGAGGAGCUGGAGAAAGACAACAAGACCCUGGAGCUGGAGCAGCAGAACCUCACCAAGGAGAAGCAGAACCUGGAGAAGGAGAUCAGGCGUCUCCGGGGUCUGAUGGAGUCCAGGGACCAGCAGCUGGACAAGGCCCAUGCCAGGAUCGGCAGCCUGGAGCAGGACAACAAGCUCCUGCAGAAGACGGUCGGCAAGAACAAGGGAUCCGGGGACAGGGCCAAGGAGCUGGAGAGGGAGAACAAGGAGCUACUUAAACAAUCUACUAUCGAUAAAAAGACUCUUGCCACACUCAGGGAGGAACUUGUAAAUGAAAAGAUCAAAACUCAGCAGCUUAGCAAUGACCUUGAGAAGCUUACCUCAGAACUGGAUCGCAUUGGAUUAGAUAAAGAGAAGUUACUCCAAAGAGAGCUCACUGCGGAUGAAAGCCGUUAUAAGGACUUGGAAAGCCGAAUGGAAGACACAUUUAAGAAAAGCAAGGACAUCAAAGAUGACAAGAUCAACACAUUAGAAACAAAGCUCCAAUCGGCGGUGAGUAAGAAUCAGCUAUUGACCGAUGAGCUGAAGAAGAUCAAAAUAGACAACGAAAUAGUCAAAGAACAGCUGGUGCAAGAGACUAGCAGUGCCAAAUCUCCAUCUUCCAAUACUACACAAGAAGCCAAAGUCAAACGAUCUGACAGUGACAGAGUUCAAGCAAAACAGAUCAUGCAGAUGAAAGAUCACUUAGUAGAGCUUGAAAGAAAGAACGCCACCUUCCUUGCCGAGAACACCAAUAUGCAGACUCAGGUUCAGAAUCUCGAGAAGCAAUCGGAUACAUUGAGGUCGGACUGUAGGUCAUUCCAGAACAAGGUUGAAUCCCUGCAGGAUCAGAACAUGUCUCUGCAGGCACAGAAUGCCAAGUUACAGGUGGAACAUUCCACCAUCUCGGCCCAGAUGUCCUCGCUGCGCUCCAAGCUCAACACCCAGGAGACGGACUACGACAAGCUCAAAGACCGCUUUGAGGAGCUGAGUGCCAACCACGAAGCACUGCUCAACGACCACGAGAACCUGGUGCAGCUCCACGAGACACUGUCCACCGAGUACGAGUCUCUGGAUUCGGAACAUGGCACCCUGAAGUCACACUACAGGCAUCUGAAGGGGGAGCUGCAGGAUGUCCAACAGAAGUGCCAGGAGACCGAGAAGAGGUACAAGGACCUGGAGACACUGAAGAGCUCCCUCAAGGAGGAGGAGGCCAAGUUCCGUCGGCUGAAGUCCGAUGCCCAGAGCGUGGCGUCCCUGCAGAAGGAGUACAACAUCCUCCAGGAGAAGCACACCCGCAUGGACAAGGAGUACCAGAGGGUGGAGGGGGAACUCAAAUCCAUGAAGGGUUCACAGAGGACGCACCAGUUGAACCAUACCAACAUGCAAGGUCAGCUGUCUGAAUCCAAAGAUCAAUGCCAAUCAUUAGAGAUGGAGAGAGCUAAACUAGAACAUAGAUGCGAGAUGCUGUAUCAGUUGAAUGCCAACCUUGAGGAGGAGAACCGUAAACUGAUGGAGCAGCUGAGUCAGCUGAUGGCUCAGAACUCUGAGCUCCUGGUCAACACCCUGGAGACCAAGGAGCUCCAUCAUGAGGAGCAAAGACAACUAGAGGAUCAGCUACACAACAUGAGACGGCAGAAAGAGAAGCUAGAAAACAAGAUCAUGGAGCAGUACAAGAGUUACACAUCCCCGUCAAAGAAGACAAGAGGUGGACUGAACUUCAAAUUCAUGAAGAGGAUAUACAAGAGUAAAUCACGAGACAAGGACAGGGAGAAGAGGAGAACGUUGGAUGGAGACAAUCAUCUCGACGUAGCCCAGGAUAGCCUCGGUGAGGCGUCAUCCAUUGGAUCCGGUAUCGAUUCCCUCGAUGGAUCAAUCGUCAUGGAAACCAACAAGAAAUUAGACGAUAGGAGAGCAAGCUUGGAUAGCAACAACUCAGUGGUUAGGAGAAAGAGAGACAGCUUUACAGCAUCAGCAGCCAAUCGACAAUCCAUGCCUUCACAUGUAUUAGAUGGAAAUUCAGAUUCCAAAGGAGCCUUCAGCAUGUCUAGCGAGGACCUGCGUAUGUCCCGUGACUCCCUGGAUAAAGGUAUGAUGCCCAGUGUCAGUACCCCCAUGCUGCACGACACACAAUCACAGGACAGCCAAUCAGACAGAGCUCAUCGUCGGAGCAGUAACCUGUACUCCGUGGAGGAGAGCCCGCCCUCUAGUGUCUCUCCUUCGUCUGUCUCCAACAGUUUCAACUACACUGAAUCUGAAAUAAGAAGAGGUGCACUGCGGACGUCUCAGAGCAGCGGUGCUCUCAACACCAGCUGCAACCAAUCACCGUCCACGUCGGCCAUCCCAACAGCCACCAACGGGAGGCCCCAGCACACCUCGACGCCAAACUCUUCUUCCCAGAAUACAUCUCCACCGUCCAAGCCCCCUCGAUCGCCGACAGGUGGAAGCGAACUGCUCGACGAUGACGGCAGUGGACACUACGUGAAGAACCCCCAGAGAGGUGAGAAGAUGAGACAGCGUUCCGGCGCCGUCGGGAUGCUCUCGAGGAUAAAGAGCCGCUCUAGGGAGAUCCUGACAGACCUUCGGGCGGGGUCGCUGGAAAACCUCAACGACAUCUCGCGGGACGGCGACGGAAACACCAAAUUUCUCGUCCGGCACCAGUCAUUUAAUGAUAGAAUAGGCCUCAGGUAUUCUUGCUGGGACUACUAUAGUCACCCUCAAGCAACUGAGGUCGAUGGCCCCGUCGCAACGGCACCCCACAAGACGUACGGAUCGGAGGAUUCCAUCGAGGCGUCCGUAACACGAGAUCUUCAUUCGGUCAACGACAGCAGCAAGCGAACUGUCAAGGAUGUGGAGUUUGAAGUUCUGGACGAUGAGGAGGAGGAGAUCGUCACUGUCCGAUCGCCGAAGCGGGAGAAACAGCCUGUCCCCGGUAGUAAGGGUGCUUUGGGUUCAUCUGCGUACACGGCACGGCCGUACACCAAGCAGAAUUCCCGGGAGGACAACAAAUCUCAGUCAUCUGCUUCAUAUGCCUUACCUUCCCAAGGGAGUACAAAGGUGAUAAAGCCAAAGCCACACUAUCCUGACAAUGUGCCCAUCAAAGCCAAGUCAAUCCCCAUUGAAAAUGCGGCAAGGGAAAUGAGCAAGUCCAGCGAACAAUUGAGCCCUCUAGGAAAAGACAUGUUGACCAAAGAGAACCUGGCAAACCUUGAGGCUAGGUUACGUCUCGUCAACAUAGCUGGUUCUCCGGAUUCCAGCCCUUCUAACGUUAGAAGGUCACCGGCUAAAACGGCUGGCAAUGCAGAGACCAAGGGCCCCAGCGGAAAACCUCCCGUACCCCUCCCGAAGUCUCGCCCCGUCUCUGCCACAGAGAAAACUCUCAAAGCAAAACCAACACCAGCAACCUCUAAAGAGGAUAAGGAAAAGGAUCCUCCUAAAAAGAACUCGGUGUGGUAUGAAUAUGGAUGUGUCUGAGUGUAUUCUAACCAAAUAGAUAUAUAAAUUAGCUUUAUAGGUUAUAGGUGGCCUGAAGACUUAUGUAUCUGUCUUGGUUUGUGCAAGUUUACAUUAAUGUCAGUGUGAGAUGUUGUAUAUAGACAAAGACUAAUAGAUAAAAAAAAGCUAUUCAAAGUAUUGUUAUUGUGAAAUGUGCAAAACAACUCCUUUUACAGUAAAGUAAAUUUGAUGAUGAUUCCAUGUGAUUUGCACAACUUUGGACAUGUACCAUUUGAUAGAUCAUGGUAUUCAGAUUUUCUAAAAGUCACAUAAGUUUAGUAUUACAAUUUUCUAGAGUGAAAUGUAUCUCAUGAGACAGUAAUUGUUUUGUUAUUUUCAUUGUGUACUCUAGGGCGUGUUACGAUAAUGUCUGCCCUUCAAUACGGCACCCGCUUGAAUGGCUAAUUCUUUCACUCGUUCUGCAAGCAGUAUAUCUACUUCUCAGAUAAUUUUAUUCAACAUGGGCAAAACCAAUUUAGUCUAACAAUUUGGUCUAACUGCUGUGUGGUCUACACCACGUUUAGUCUAAUACCCACUUAGUUUAUUUCUCAUUUAGUCCAAUGCCCUUGUAAUCUAAUGUCCGCUCCAUAAUUUGGUUCAUAAACACUUGAUUUUACCAUAUAGACCAAGUGUCAUUAGACCAAGCGGAUAUUGGAUUAAAUAAGUAUCUCGCCUAAACGGAAAUUAGACAAAUGGUAACAGGGCUAAAUGGCAAUUAGACCAAAUGAAUAGUAGAUAAACAGGUUGUAGACAAAUUAGGAUUGGAUUAAUUUGGGUGAGACCAAACACCGAAACAGAAAGUAGGAAAGGCAGAUGUGGACCAAUCGGUAAUUUAUUGUAUUAAUCAGCAUAUGCAUUAUGGUAUGGUAUCAAUGAUGGAACAAAAUAUAGUUCACCUUGUAAUGAUAUACAUUUCCACACCAGAGAGUUAUUAUAUCAUGUAGUAUAUAAACAAGAAAGAACCAAUGUCUUCAAAUAGAUAGAUCCAUUCAAUUUGAUGGAACUGAUUUACCAAUAACAAUAUGUGUAGCUAUUUUAUUUCCAUGACCUGGGGGGUGUUUCACAAAGAUUUAGGUAUGACUUAAAUCGCUCUUAAAAAUGUCAAUGGGUACAUUACAUGGAACGCGCGAUCUCAUUGAUAGAUACGCAGUAGUGCGCGUCCUCAUGACACGAUCUGACCAAUGUGGUCAAGCUUUUCAUACUGUACUUAACUCGGUAUUUAAGUACGACUCUAAGUCAUACUUAAAUCUUUGUGAAACACCCCCCUGUUUUGCUUGUCAUAAAUUUUUCCUCUCCUGACGAGGCUUUCCAAGUAUGCUACCUACCUGGGGCCUGUAACACAAGGCUUAGUAAUUGAUCGUAUCCUUGAUUUUAAUGAUCGAUGAUGUAUUGUAGUCUAUGUGAUCAAUCAUUGUGCUACGACCAUUGCUAAACCUUUGUGCUACGACCAUUGCUAAACCUUUGUGCUUGCCAGUGUCUUCGAAGCUUCUUCUUUCAUUCUUCUAUUCAUGUGGAGUCAUGAGGACACACAUUCAUUCUGUCUUGGAAUGUGGUACCCCAUUACAACCAAUGCCAGUCUUUUUGUCAACAUUAUGGAAUGUUGGUACAUGGUGUAUGAGUAAAAGCUUGCUCCUCUAUAUUCUGAGUCAGCCAUGUUCAGAUUGCACAUGGUGAAUGCUUUUUAUGAAUUAUUUGUUUAUAUUUUGUUUUCAAAUGUUAUACUUGUGGGAAAGAAUCCAUUAUUUCACUCCACACCUUCCCACCCCACAUUGUUUUGCCAAUGCAGAAAAGGGGAAGUACCGGUAAGGAGAUGAGCAGGAUUUUUGCUAAAACCUGAGAAAAAUUGGCUGUCUUUUAUUAAUGUAACAAAGUAUAAGUUGCAUUAUAUUUGUUACCAGCACGCACUUUCACUCUGACACAGUGAGGUUCAUACUUCUUCUUUCUAUCCAUUCCAAGUUCAUCCAACAUGGUAAAUAGAUACGAGUGCUUUCAAGAUAUAAGUUUAAAAUCACAAAUUAUUUCUUCGCUUUGAAAUCAAUACACAAUCAAGAAGAUUCAUUAUAUCUAUGGAAUCUAUGGAAAUUGAAAGAAAAAAUGAUUUUGACUGUUUAAUGAACUACACAAGACAUUUUUAGGUGCUAACCGUGCUAAUUUUUUAUCCUCCAGAUACUUUUUGGGGAUACUUUCUUGUUUUGAAAAAUAUUUUUGUCUUUGUUUCAUCUUUUAAGAUAUCUUAACUAAAUUGCUUGCAUGGCUUUGUCUCAUGCCAUGUUAAGAACACUUUUUUCGGAACGCCGAGUUUGGGUGGUCCUUUUCAGGACCAAAACAUGUAUACGGUGAAACUUUGGCACUCGGUCUUUCUUUGCCAUGAAAACCUUCAGAAGUUACUUACCCAUGUUUAAAAUUAUAACGAUUGCUCAUAUCCUUCCUUUUGAUCAAUCAAUCAAAAUACUUUGACAAUCCAUUACUAUUAUUCGUGUUUUAAAAUUAUUUUGUUGACAAUAUUGCUUAUUUGUUGUUCACGUAUACCUCUUCUGUAUUUUUUUUUCCAGUGUUUUUAGUUUUACAUUUUAAAUAUUUCAAUUUGCAUUAUUAUUUAUAGUAUGAUUGACUUUGUUAUUUAUGUGCCGCAAUUCUUGUCAGCCCACGAUGGGUUUUGCUGUAUUGCCUUUUUUUAAAUUUCUUUGUCUUGGUUUAAGUCUAGGAAUUUACCAAGUAUUAGUUUGAAUAGUGCCAUGUGUAUGUGUACUUCUUUCAGAACUCCAAUUAAUUGAAAUAUUUUUCUCAUCAAAUAAAACAAGGCAAAUCACGAAUUAUGAUCCCUAAAUUACCCAUUCGAAAUCCAAUAAUAUGUGUAUUUAAAAGCCCAAAUCAUGAAAAUCAAGAAAUAUUGAAGAUUUUUUUUGUCAUAUAAGUUGCCGUUCAACCUGAUACGAUGCUUUCAUUUUUAGAAGAAAAAAAAUAUAGAUUCUGAAUCGUGAAUGAUUUUUUCAGGGCAGCAUUAUUUUUGUAUUUGUCAUUUUUAUGUGUUUUGAAAUAUUUUAUUAUGUACAUCCUGUGAAAUUCCAUUUUUGUUUUCUAUCAAUAUUAUGUUGUGUAAAUAUUUGUUCUUUCUAUAUGUGCUUUAGCAGAAUAUUAUGAAACUAUUGCGAGAGAAAUGUACAUAUUUUUUUCAAAAUAUCUAUAAAAUAGAAAGCAUUUGAGUAUAUGAGUUGGAGUGGUGACAGAACUUGUGUAUUGUUGAAAGAAAGUCUUCAGAAACUAUAGUUUGAUUUUAUUCUUUUCUUUUACUUAAUUUGCAGAGCAAUAUUACAAAAUCAUUGCAUUUUUUAUAAAAAAAUCAGAGAAUUUAUGACAGUAUUUGCUCCCAUGGAAUGGCAUACCAAGGAACAAUUUAUGAAAUCUUCCACUUUGUAGUUCAUAAUAUGAUAUGAUGCAGACCAAAAUCCCCAAACAUGUACAUGUAUUUUCUUUUUUUUAUCUUACUUGCCAGGUCAUAAAUAUUGAAAAAUAGAUUUCUCAAAAAAAAUUAUCUUUAGACCAUACUGCCAUAAUAAAAUAAGUUUAUUAACACCAUGACCAAUAACCAAUGAUGAGUGAGUUUUACUGACGUAUUUACUCUGAGCCAAUCAGAUGCAAGCACUUUGGGUUGAGAAUCACUAUAUGUUCUAUGAAAUAUUCCACGGAUCGUAUGUAUUCAUAAUAAGAAGCACAGUGUCGAAUUGGAUAUAGGAUAUUUCCUAUAUGAUUUUUAUCAAUUUUCUCUCUGAUAUCUCAACUAUUUUGUAGACAACAGUGCCUACUUCUCAUAAUCGUCUUCAAUUGGUAUAAUUUCAUGUAAAAAAAAACCUACAAAUUUUAACAUAAAAAACAUCAUGAUUUAUUCAAUUUUUCAUGGGCCCUUCCCCAAUUUGACAAACAAAAUAUCAGCUGUGUAUAACAUGAAGUUGUAAUUGACUGCAAUUGAUUUGACAUAUUUGUAAGAAAAGCCAGGUUCCCAUCUUACAAAGAUGUUAUAAUUGAUUCAAUCAACCUCAACUGGAAAUCCAUCAUUGUCUAAGUUUUUCUUACAGGAAAUAAUCCGCACAGUGUCCUUUGUGAACAACGAGGGGCACACUGAAUUGUCAAAACAUCGAAUGAGAAACCAAUUUGAAUACACUUGUGUGUUCGAUUUUGGCAUUGCUGGCUUUCCAUAUUUGUAGUUGAUGGGAUCAAUCACAACUCUUUGUAAAACAGGGCCCUGGGACCCGUCUUUCAAAGAGUUGUGAUUGAUCCGUUUGAUCGCAACUAUGGAAAGCAAGCAAAGUCAUAAAAUGCAUGUUUGCUAAUAAAAAUUCUCUACAUAUGAAUGUAUAUCCAUAAAUUCAUUGAUUUCUUGACAGUUUGGUGUGUUCUCCUUUGUUUUCAAAGGACAUUUUGCACAUUUCCUGUAGAAAAAUUAUGACACUGAUAGAUUUCCAUAGAGUUACGAUUGAUUGGAUCAAUUGUAACUCUUUGUAAGACGGGGCCCUGGUCUCCUUUCACCCUCUUUCUGUAAUCUUUUAUUCUCAUGAACCAUUAUGAUGUAGUUAUGUGUGAUUUGUAGAUCAAAUUGUCUGAAAACCAUCUCCAAAUGUGAGAAAAGAAAUAAAAAGAAGAUAUAUGGAAAACAUAUGAAAAUCAUGGUUUAUGUGAAAUCACAAGUGAUUUGUCUGUUACUUAAAGUGCAUGUGUAUGCUGAAUAUGAAAGAAAUGAAUAAAUGAAAUGCUGAAAUGAAA